AAUACCACGCCGGGUAAAAUCAUAGUUGACCAUCUCGAACGUGGUGUCUGUUUGUGGCUCACACAUGGAAUUAGCCUUUUAGCAAUGAUGUUUUAACAGCUGGACUGCUCUAAGCAUUCGAUUUGGCCAAACAUAAACGCUGCACACUCUUUUGAAUUUCUCCAGCUUUACGCUGUUUUGUACACAAGCAGGGGACACCCCCCUUUUAUUUUCCACCAACACCCACAUGAAUGGUUACUGAUUUGACAAUAUGAAGGUGAAGAAAACCACACAGGUCAAAGGUCAUGCUAAAUCUCAGAAGUGGAAGGAUGUGAGGGGAAAACGAUGCAGACCUCCCAUCAGUUCAUCUGAGCUCAACACCCCUCUGGUCAUGGCCGGCAUGAUAAAAGAGCACCAAGCAACUGUUAAGAAAAAAACUACUAUCAAGAGGCUGCAAAAUAAGGCAAAGUCUGUCUCUGCUACCAAGAAAAACACUUCCCAGUCUGAAUUGAAGAAAUCACACAGUCAGGCUAAUGGGAGUUCAGGGUUCACUAUGGACAAUGAGUCUAAUGACUCCCAGGAGUGGAAGGAGUAUUCCAAGUCCAUUCAGAGGAAUGGUGUAGAGACCUCUGCUGACACGGAGGAUGUACUGCCAGGUAGAAUGGAUGGGAAUAAUCUCCAUCACUGUGCAGAGAGAGUUCAUCAGGGAAACCAUGCAGUAGUUGUCAUGCAGAAGAAUCAGACCCUGUGUUUCCGUGGGAAAUGCCUUUUGACCUGCCUGUAUGGUCGGGUAGAAGUGAUGGGGUUCACUAUUGAAGAGGGCCAGCAGUCAUAUCCACUGUUCUCCCCGGCUUCACAUUGUCCUUUGGUGAUUACAGCACUAGAAAGCUCUGCCAGCGCCAGAGACGACAAAGCGGCAGCUUCACCCAUUCUCCAAAAGUAUUUAUUAUCGUCAGCGUCGCACAAAAAGUUGCUAAAAAAGGUAACAUCACAUUCCUCCAUCAUCCUCCUGGAGCCAAUGGAAACACCCCUGACACGGUUUCUGUCAAGCUUCUCGGAGCUCAGUGAAUUGUUCAGCCCCAUGAUGAGUGAACUAAUGUCAGCUGUGCUUGACACUCCUCUCAAUGGUUUGGGUGUGAUUCCUCUGAGUAGCAGCAUUGAAGGCCUGAACAUGUCAAAGAGCUACAGAGAUGCUCUUAGCACAGUGGUUGGUGCCUGCAGAGGAGACAUGGAUGGUUGUGCAGUUAUUCUUGUGUGUGGUACCAAGAAUGUGGGCAAGUCAACAUUUAUUCGCCACCUCAUCAACACUUUACUAAAUCACACUGCUUAUGUAGAUUACUUGGAAGCAGACCUUGGUCAAACAGAAUUCACCCCUGCUGGUUGUCUGUCCUUGUCAGUUGUCAGAGAACCACUUCUGGGACCACCAUUCUCACAUCAGCGCACACCAGACCACAUGAUCUACUAUGGUCAGACAACAAGUGAGUCGGACUUGGACAGAUACCUAGAAUCACUGAAGUUCUUGUGGCGUAGACGCUCGCAGAGCAGGGAGACUCCCAUCAUCAUCAACACCAUGGGCUGGGUCAAGGGAUUUGGGUUCCAGCUACUAGUGGACAUGAUUCGCAUCUUCCCAGUCUCGCAUGUCGUCCAGCUCGGCCAUGGUGGUGUCACACAGUGUCCCGCCCUUACUCCAGACUUUCUUAGGACGGCACAUGGGUGUCAGACCCACCCGCCAGCUCAGACAGCAAUGGAUGAGUUUACAGAGAACCACAGUCCCCCAAGAAGCUACACUCACCUUAUUAUACAGUCAGAGUUUCAAGGAGUGGCACGUCAAGGAGCUGCGAAACACCAGCGCAGUAACGAGCACAGAGAGCUGUCGUUGCUGGCUUACCUGAGUCAGCUACAAUCUCCUGAACCUGGACCAGUUAGACCGCUACACAGCCUCACCCCAUACCAGGUGCCACACACAGCUGUAGCUUUAGGUGUGAUCCAUUGCGAGGUGGUGCCAAAUCACAUGCUUUAUGCUGCCAACGCCACACUGGUGGGGCUCUGCUGCCUGGGAGAAAAAAUCGUAAGCAGAGGAGGUCCAGUCCUCUUGUCCCAGGCACCCAUCUGUCCAUGUGUGGGCUUUGGUGUGCUCCGAGGUGUUGACAUGGCUCGAGGUCUGUAUUUCCUGCUGACUCCUGUAGAUCCCUCCAUUCUACGCAAGGUCAACUGUCUCCUACUUGGAGCCAUAACGCUGCCUUCCUGCAUCCUCACAGCACAGGCUGGCUAUAAGGGGGAGAUGCCCUAUGUGACCACAGACUACAGUUUUGAUGUCACCGGUGCAGGAAAGCUGCGAGUCUUUAAGGGACUGAUGAGACCAAGUCAAAUAGGGAUGUAAUGACUUUCUCCACAGAGCACCACCUGAUUUAUUUCUCAUUACCUUCUUGACUGUUGUCUUACGUCAACCUGUCAGCACUGGCUGUAGAUUGUACAGACCUGACACUGAGACAGGAAUUUGUUUUCUCUCUCUCUCGCUCUCAUUUCAAGAUUCAUUGUGACGGUGACGCCAGGGAGACAGACUUCCCUGUUGUUAGAUGUCAUAUCACAUGGACAAUAACAUCACACCUUGUAGUUAAAGCUCUUGUUUGUAGGUAACAUUCCAAACAUGAACACAUAGAGCUGCCAGAAAUUAAAUGAAAAGCAACAUG